GUGAUACUUCGACACCUCGACUUGAACACUCCAUUCUCACAGCAUAGUCCUAGGCUUCGAACCUGUCGCUAUACUUGGUCUUUUUAGCGUGCCAUUGUCGUCGCUCGCUCUGUAUCAAGCAAUGUCCUCCAAGAGGGCAACCAUUCAUUACCGGUCAUUGAGGUCCAACCUCGUACAUCUACCGCUAUCCAUCUACUCAGGACUCGUACAACAAGGAACUCGCCCUCAGUCCCUGAUCAUACAUCUCAGCAUCCAAUCUUCCAGGUCGCCCAGCUCGGUCAAGCAAGCCUACUUAGGAUGGUCUGGGCUUUCAUCCGCGUCGUCUCUUUCGAUGCAGCAAGCAGGUAGAGGGAAGCAGGGUUUGGAAACCGUAGAAAUGGACCCUGAUGUCGCAAGAGGGCUCGGCUGGGCGGACGGAGAGACUGUAGAGAUCGCUAUCAUUCGCAAUCCGUCAAGGGCGAAGAGCGUUAGCGUGACGCCAUUGACUUCAAAUGAUUGGGAAGUCUUGGAACUACACACGAACUACCUAGAACAGAAUCUUCUUUCGCAGCUCCGAGCCGCUAGUUCUGAUAAGGACCGAACUAUUAGUGUCUGGGUCAACGGGAAGACAAAAAUCAGCCUCGUCGUCGACGAGACGAACCCGCCUACAGAGCCUACCACCGCCGUGCUGAUCAAUCCGGACACCGAGAUCUUUGUGGCUCCUCGACCUCGACACAAAUCCAAGCCGAAUGGGGGGAAGGCACCCAAAUCUGGCCAGUCCGACGAACAGGUGCAAGCGCAGAAAUCGAGCACUGGGACGAAAGAUGACAAGAAGCCGCUGGCUAGCAUCAAACAGGCAACAGAUACCGCAGAGCCUUCUGUAUCGACUUCGACGACGGCUUCGCCCAAAUCCUAUCCGUGGCUGACGGACACAGCCAAAGAUCCUCCAACGACGGUCGAAACCCUCCCGUCGAUGCACCUUAGAAGCAUUCCGCCUGCCAUCUUCUGCCAGUGGGACGAUUGUCUCCGGGCGCUGGAAGGCGAACUUCAAGCCGAUCAGAAUGGUCCAAGCGGAUCAGGUCUCGGCGAUGAGCGUCGUUGGAUGAUUUGGGCCAACAAGAAGACACUCAGGAGAUUCGAACGGAAAACUAGAGCCAAGAGUACAGGCGACCGGAUAUUGGUAGAAGCCGUUGCGAGCCCUCGGCCAAUAGUCGAAUUACCACGAGAUGCAGAGACCGACGAAGGGGAACCGCCUGAACCUCGACCCAUUAGGAAGAAUCGGAAAGCCGUCAUGCGGGCUCUUGAAGGUAUGCCAGUGGAUCAGGUCUUUCUCUGGCCGAUAUGGGGAAGCGAAGGCGAUGUCGACUCCGCAUGGCGAAUAGAAGAUUGGGACAAGAUCUGCUUGAUAUCGCCUGAUAUCCCCAGAGAAAAGAUCUCUUCCCGCAAACGGAUGGGAACUCUGGUCAACAUCGACUCACUCGUGAAGCAACAGCAAGCACUGGGCCGGGCAAGCCAAACACUAGCCGGCGUCGGUGAUAUCGUCGCUAGAUGCGAGGAUUACAUGACAUGUUCAAGAUACUCAAAAAAUGGUAAGGCUCUCCUCUUGACGGCUGGUAACGGCAUAGGGAAAACAACAAUCGCUCGGGAGAUCGCCCGGCGCAUGGAGGUCAACAAAGAUACCACACUUAAGACACACUAUGUCGAUUGUAAGGCAGCCAACAUACCCGGAACUCUCAAGGGCAUGAGAGAAGUGCUGGAUGGAUGGCUCGCCCUUGGUACUGCCGUUUCCACCCUAGUGAUAUUUGACGACCUCCACUCCGUGGUCAAGGCAGAAACAGAGCAAGAUGACAACACGCAUACUCGUGCGACUGCAGAGCAGGCUCUAUAUGUUCUUCGCGAGUUGGCCGGACGAGGUGUAUCUGUUCUCGUAACAGCUACUUCUGUGAUGGACCUUCAUCCGCUGUUGCGAACGAUGCACGCAUUCGGUCAGACUGUAGAGGUCAAGUCUCUCGAUGCAAUUGCGAGGCAAAAGAUCUUUGAGAGUAUUGUCCGUGCACGAACAGCUGGAUCUGCUGGUACAGCAAGCUCAAUUCCGCAGGAGAAAGCAAGCUUGGAUUUCGUGUCACUUUCCUAUCUGGCGGAAGGUUAUACGCCUGCAGACAUCCGGGAUCUGGUGGAUAACGCAAUGCAAAAUAUGUUGAUCAGGAUGAUGGAAGGCUCUGAGGAGAGACGCCUGGUUCAAGACGAUUUUGCCAAGGCAGCCCAGGAGUGCAAACCCCGUUCUUUACGUGACGUCAAACUUCAGAGCUCACAGAUCGCUUGGUCGGAUAUCGGAGGCCUACACGAAACGAGACGCGUUUUACGCGAAACGUUAGAAUGGCCGACGAAAUAUGGAGCGAUAUUUGCAAAAUGUCCGCUCAGAUUGCGUUCCGGCUUGUUGCUUUACGGCUAUCCAGGCUGCGGCAAAACUCUUUUGGCUUCGGCUGUUGCGAAAGAAUGUGGGCUUCAUUUUAUCAGUGUCAAAGGACCGGAACUAUUGAACAAGUAUAUCGGAGCUAGUGAAAAAUCGGUCCGUGAUAUCUUCGCUCGAGCUGUAGCAGCAAAGCCGUGUGUACUGUUUUUCGAUGAGUUCGACUCGCUUGCACCGAAGCGAGGUCACGAUAGCACUGGGGUUACCGACAGGAUUGUGAAUCAGCUCCUGACGGAGAUGGACGGUGCCGAGGGUUUAGACGGGGUAUACGUCCUGGCAGCGACCAGUCGCCCGGACCUGAUUGACGGGGCCCUUCUUAGGCCAGGACGACUGGACAAAAGCCUGCUUUGCAAUAUGCCGGACGAAGAAGAGAGGCUAGACAUCCUCCAAGCUCUCACACGAAAGCUGCAGCUAGGCUCGGAAUUCGACCUGUCUCGGCUGGCAGCAAAAACCGCCGGGUUCUCGGGCGCGGAUCUGCAAUCGCUCAUCUCAAACGCUCAGUUGGAAGCGAUUCACGAUGUACUCGACAUGCCCGACGGCGACCCGCGAUCAACGACAGGUGCCGCUAAUCUGAGUCCAGCCCAGCUGAGGCUGUGGCAAGACAAGGAGAGGUCGAUGAACGUCAGUCAGAAGUCGGACUUACUCAAGCAGGUUGAAUUGGUCCUCGGUGACAGAAGAGAGAGAACAACCAAGGCAAGCUCGCCGAGUCAACGCCGAGAAAAGCCAUAUAUCAAGGACGCCCAUUUGCAGCGCUCCCUGGGAAAGACCAGACCGUCGUUGCCCGAGGCUGAAAGAUCACGCUUAGACACGAUCUAUCGCAAAUUUGUGGGCGGUAGCACGGGUCCACUCCCGAACGGCGAGGUGGCCUCAGGUAUCGGGAAUCGGGCUUCCUUGAUGUGAUUGAACGGUACCGACUGCCGAUGCUACAAGAGAGCCGUUGAUGAUUGCUUGUAGUCCAGUCACAGCAGACCCGGACAUUGGACUAGACUUAUUCAAUCGUGCUUGUCGCAUACAAUUUUGAAGGC